AUGGACAACUGGGGCAGAACACCUACCAUCACCUACAAGCGGUGGAGAAACCCUGAGCCGGGGUAAGCAACAACAAGAUUUUGAGUGUUUGAUUUUCUCUCUUCCUGUGACGUUAAAUGGGCAGAUAGUGCUGAGGAAACCUGCAUUGCUGUGUUUACAUACCAAAGUGUUGCCUAAAGGUUCAAACUUCAUAUCUAUUCUGUAUUUCCGCUGUCUGUGUGCCGGCAUGUAGGGGUGAGGCCAAUUUUGUGGGUCAAAAUGAUGAAGUUCAGGGAACAGACAAUGAGAUCUGCACGAUAGCCUCAGCAGUCGACGCAGGGGUACGAAAGUCUUCAUCCAGAUCUGGGGUUGAUAAAACACAAGGUGAGUAGGACACUGUAUUUUAAACUUCAACUCUUUGCUAUAUUUAGAAAUUUAAGGAAUACAUGCAAUCAAAAUUGACAGUUUUUCCAACUGCAAACCUCAAUGUUUUUUAAAUCUGUGAUAAGAAUAAGAAACUUGUCCCCUUAUUAAAAACAGUAAAGGCUCAGGGACUCUCACGCUGAUGCUUUUCCCCCUACUGAUAAGAAACCAAAAGACUGCUCACUACCACUGUGACCCAACACCUCCAUUAGACCCAGAUUCCCUCAGGGCUGAUAUUACCUGAUGUCCCUCACACCCCAACCAUGAAAUGAUCAAGUGGGCACCUCCCUUCACAUGUGCUUUCUCAAGUUUGGACCAAAACAUCUCUAAAAGGCUCAACAGUAAGCCCUGUCAUCCUGGAACCAGCCCUUUCCUCCUAUACUUCACACCCCUCGUCUUACCCACGUGCAAAGGCAGAAAGGAUUCUGUGCAGACACGUUAAAAAGCCUGUUAGGACUCGAGCUGACCCGUGCUACAUUGAACUGUACCUUCCUGUACUUGGAGUCGUUGUAGAGAUGCCAAACAGUGAAUGACGCUGAUAUUAAAUUCAAGUAUCUGGUCAGCUUCUGUGCUAAUUCUACUCAGUCUAAAUAUGAUUGAAACAUCAUCAUGGCUUCUCAGUUUGUGUCAGCAGGCUGUGAACUUGUAAUGACUUGUCCCCUCCACAGAUACUUUUACAGUGGAAGAUGCAUUAGAGGCCUUUGGCUAUGGAAAGUUCCAGUGGAAAAUUUGUCUCCUCACUGGACUAUCAUGGGUAAAAAUAUAAAAAAAAUGUGCAGGAAAUUCCUCAGUGUGAUUUGAGAUGUCUCUCAUGCUGCCUCCCCCCUUGUGUAUGCAGAUAGGAGAUGCCAUGGAGAUGAUGAUUCUCAGUAUUUUGGCCCCUGAGCUGCAUUGUGAGUGGAGGCUGCCAGGUUAUCAGGUGGCUCUCAUAACAUCGGUAAGGCCCUCAAAGAAAAACUGUUCGUUUUCAGACUAUUCAAUUUCAAAUAUUUAAAAACCCUUAUGUUUUGGCGUCAGGUGGUGUUCAUCGGCACUGGGAUCAGCUCACCUAUAUGGGGUAAUGUGUCCGACAAGUACGGCAGAAGAGUUGUGAGUUUCAUGUUGUUGUUUUUUUUACAUUUGAUUUAAAGAUUUAUGUAUAUAAUUCAAUUUUGAGCCCAUGUUUUCUGUGAAUUUCUUAGGGUCUGAUUAUGUGUAUGUGCUGGACUUUAUUCUAUGGCCUGCUGAGUGCCUUUGCUCCGGUGUACGGCUGGCUAUUGCUCCUGCGAGGCUUUGUGGGCUUGGGCAUUGGUGGAGCUCCUCAGGCGUAAGUCUGUCCCUUUAUUCAACAACAUUAACCUUUUACGAAUUUCAUAUUUUAACCACAAACUGUCUUUUUAGGGUGACAAUGUAUUCAGAAUUCCUCCCAGCAAAGACCAGAGGCAUCUCCAUCAUGAUGAUUGCGGUAAUUUUUAAUAUUUUUGAGUCAUAAAUCCAUAACUAGGUCACUUCUGUAGCUAAUUUGCUUUUUUAUGUGUGUGGGCACCAGGCAUUCUGGGCGAUUGGUGCUGUGUUUGAGGUCCUCUUGGCGUUAUGGGUAAUGCCUACCCUUGGUUGGAGGUGGUUGCUCGGCCUGUCCAUAAUACCAAUGGUUCUUUUUCUUUGCCUCAGCUUUGUAAGUACUCAAGUGUUUUUUUCUUUUUAGAGAUCCAACCAAUAUACCAGCUGAGUGAAACACACAAGAUAACCCUUCUGUGUUUUUGACAGUGGCUGCCUGAAAGUCCUCGUUUUGAUGUGCUGACAGGAAAACAGCAAAAGGCUGUUGCAACUUUAAAACGUAUUGCUAAAGACAAUGGAAAGGCCAUGCCCAAAGGGAAGCUGACCGGCUCCUUCAAACAGGUGAAUCUCCCUGUUAAAAUAUUAGUGAUUCUGUUCAAGAAAUAGAGAUGUGUAUCUAAUGGACUUCCAAAUGGUUUAAAACACUGAGAGGAGCUAUUAUGUUCGUAUUUCAGGCCGAUCGCGGACGUAUCAAAGAACUGUUUUCCCCUCAUUACUGGAAAACGACUCUUCUUCUAUGGUUUAUAUGGUAAGACAGGAGUUUUUUCUUUGUGCUUUCAAUAAACAUUCAAAAAUCAAUUUGAAUCAAUACUUGAUUGAUUUAUGAAAUAAGAGAUUGGGAAGGAUAUUCUGGUCAGGAAAAUCUGUGAUGAUUCUGAUGUUAACCCUAACCUUUUAGCCAAUAUCAUACUCCAGUAUUCUUCAUUUGAUUGUUUGUUUUUUGUUGUUACUGACCCCCCACUAAUAAAAAAGGAACAUUUUUCAAGUCAUUCACAGAAACAAGUAGCUACAGAUACCCUCCAGAAAACCUGGGCUGUUGAGCGCAUAUUUCAAAGUACACAAUUCAACAUAAACAGACCGACAUGAUAUGAGCCCUUUAGGCAGGUUUUAAUCAGAAGACUUUUUUCAUUUCAGUUAAUACUGUGAUUAAACAUUAUUUAAUCCUAAGUAAAUGUUGGCACAGAUAGAUUACUAAAAUGCAAUGGGCACACACAACAUUGGGAUUGGUAUCAUCAUAUCAGUAUCAGCAUCUAGGUCACCAGACAUAAUACUAGUGCUAGAUUGUCCUGUAAAGUCUGUUUUAGUCUGUUUGUGUUGAUGUAUCAAAAGCAUAUGAUGUUGGGUACAUACACAGUGUGCUGAGUCAAGGCAACAGGGAUACAAACAAGAGCUGGUUUAUGCUUUAAUUGUGUAUUUAAGACAUUUUAUCAUACAGCUUUGUUUGUUUGUUUGUUUGUGUCUUAACUUUAGGUUUGUUCAUGCCUUCUCCUAUUAUGGGAUUGUCCUGUUGACAACUGAGCUGUUUCAGGCUGGAGAUUCAUGUGGAUGUAAGUAAUACCUGCUCCACAAGCAUCAGAUUUUAAAACAUCACAUAAUGGGGUUUAAUUUGAAUAAAGAUAAAACCUUAUUGAUUCAUUCAUUAUUGACAUUUUAAUAUUCAUUAAUCAUUUAUUUUCACCCUUUUAGCAGCCCAUGGGGCGAAAAUUGAACCAAGCUGUAGUCUGGAGUGCAAACAUUUGACAUCAGCUGACUACAAAGACCUUUUGUGGACAACCUUAGCUGAAUUCCCAGGUAAAAUGCUAACUGUUAGCAUAUCAUUAAAACUCUGAUGUCUCAUUGAAACUGAAGACCUUCAUGACGCUGGUGCCAAUAGUAAUGUUGAGCACACAUUUCAACUUUUGUUUAAUUUUAACUGUAAGAACAGGUUUCAAGUUUUUCAAGCUUGUCGAUAUACACAUUUCUCUGCAAGGCCUGUCGCCUCAGGAGUCCAGGAUAAACACAUUGUGUUGUUUUAAGGGAGUGGCUUGGGCGGUACUACUGUUGCAACUUAAGUAUUGUUUCUGUUGUUGUUUUUUGUGUGUGUGUGUCUAAAAAGGAUUUGUGUUUCUGUUCGUUUCAGGUCUGUUAGUCGUCCUUCUUGUUGUCGACCGUAUUGGCAGGAAGAAGAGCAUGGCAUUAUGUUUCUUCAUGUUUUCUCUGUGUAUUCUGCCCUUGUAUGCCUGUAUUGAGAGGUGAGUUUAUAUUUGUUUGGUGUCGAGUAUAUUGACACAGUAGCAGCAUUGAAACAACACAGCUGAUCUCUCUGAUUUAUUGUCUAUUCAGGAUACCACUUACAAUCUUCAUCUUUAUUGCCCGAGCAUUUAUCUCUGGAGGAUACCAAGUGGCUUUUGUCUAUACACCAGAGGUGGGUUACCUUAACAUUAAGAAUUACUUGUUUUGGAUAGUUUUGGAUAUGGAAAAUAAGCACCCUCUCUCUCUCUUAAUUAUCAGGUGUACCCUACAGAAAACAGAGCACUGGCAAUGGGGACUUGCAGUGCAAUGGCAAGAGUGGGUGCUUUAAUAACCCCUUUUGUGGCACAGGUAAGCGGAGAUGAUGACCUUUGUCAAUACUUGCAAAGACAUUUUUAUCAUAAGUACAAUACCAACUCCACUUCACGAGUCAUAUGUCUUCUUUAUAGUUUAUGUGUUUUGUUUUUUUCAGGUGAUGCUUAGAAAGUCGGUGUAUCUGACCCUGUCAAUGUACUGUGGCUGCUGUCUGCUGGCUGGCAUAGCAGCCCUGAUCCUGCCUAUUGAGACACUGGGCAGGAAUCUUCAGGAGUCCAACACAGACCCAGAGGCCAGACAUACUAACAAAAACACUGAACAAUCAAAUGGUACUACAAAUUCCUAG